GAUGCUGACCUGGUCAUCCACACUGCGGGGCCUUUCCAGCGCUCCAAGAACUAUGCCGUACUUGAGGCAGCGCUCGACACACGUACCCCCUACAUCGAUGUGUGUGACGACACUCCGUACUCUGAAGGUGCAAAGGCCAAGUAUGCAGAGCGCGCUAAGGCAGAAGGCGUGCCCGCCAUUGUUUCUGGCGGCAUCUACCCGGGAACUUCUAAUGUUAUGGCUGCGCAUAUUAUCUCGAUUGCGCGCCAGGAGUACGACGAAGGGUGGAACUACCGUGAGGGUGUGGAGCCCAAGUGGUUACGCUACAGCUAUUAUACAGCGGGCAGUGGCGGUGCAGGGCCCACCAUCUUGGAGACAAGCUUUCUGCUCGCCGGUGAAGACGUGAUUGUGUACAAGGAUGGCAAGGAGGUUAUUCUACCACCUAUCAGCAACCGGCGGGAGGUCGACUUUGGGCCAGGUGUGGGACGCAAGGGCGUGUACCUGUACAACUUGCCCGAGGUGGUGUCUGGUCACAAGUACAUGCGCGUGCCUGACGUGUCUGCGCGCUUUGGAACUGACCCCUUCAUUUGGAACUGGGCUAUGUGGUUGACGGCGCGCCUGAUUCCCCGCAAGCUGCUGAACGAUCGAGGCUUUGUGAAGCGCUUUGCAGCGUUAUCAGAUCCCUUUGUUCGCAACGUGGAUAAGAUUAUUGGCGAGGCGGUGGCGAUGCGUGUGGAGGUCGACAUGGUCAACGGCAAGAACUCGUCGGGCAUCUUCGUGCACAAGUACCUCAGCCAGUCGAUGGGGUACAGCACCGCAGCCUUUGCACAGAGCGUGCUGCAGGGCAAGACCAAGCCGGGGGUCUGGUAUCCAGAGGAGCCUGAGGCGCUGCAGGACCGGCGACAAUUCCUGCAACUGGCGGCCACGGGCUGUUCGCGCUUUGACCUCAACCGUUCUGCCUGGGCACUGGAGAGCGAAAUUAAGCAAAUC